AACUUUAAGUAUAUACUCGUAAAAAGAAAGUUUGAAAAAAUCAUGUUAAAUCCCUAACUAUUCAAGACAUAUCAUAUCUAUUGUGAUUUUGUAAUAGUCUACUUGUCCAUUAUUAUUCAUGCAAGUGGUUCAAAAUCACACUAUCAUUAUUUGCAUAUUGCCAAUAUUAUCUUUACCUAGGGUCAAUAAUAACUUAAUAAGUACACCAUUACACAAGAUCAAGAUCAAGUUUAUAAAUCAUCAUAAUAAUAAAAAAGAUAUCAAUUUAAAUCAAUGUAAGAAAUGUAAGAUGUUACGGACCUUAUAGCAUUCAAAUACAUUUUAAACUAUUUAAACUUUAUCUACAUAAAUUAACUCAACACAAGAUUAGAAUUCAAAGUUCAUGCCAAUAAAUUUACAAUUACAAUACCCGUAAAUAGCUCGACUCAUAGUCAUAUAUGGUUAGUAUGAUUUUAGAUUUGAACUAGCUCGACUCUCUGCUGUUACUCUAAUACUGCAUGCACUGCAGCUUGUACAUUCGCUAACCCUUCCCUUUCAUAUGUUCGUUAUGGCCCAUCAUUCGUAUAGUGGACCCCACUUUCCCGUACCGUUAUAUCCCCUCUUUUCAAAUUUUUCUCUCUCCUCAAUUUUCACCCACACUACAAAAACUAUAGGCCUAUAGGGGCACAAAACACAACGUAACAAAAGCCUCAAAAUAAAAUCAAACAAAACAAAAACAGAGGAAACGAGACAUGACCACGGUGAGGCGACCAAAAUGGCACCCACAACCACCGCAAACACCGAGAAUCCUCCACCUUCCACGGCGGACUACUCGCCGGAAAAUACCCACAAAGAACGUUCCUGUUAAAUCGAGUUCCGACGUUAACCCGUUGUUUCUCAGACGAUCACAAAAGGGUAAAUUAGAGAGUCUGUUCGACCAAGAAAGGUCAUUUUCUUAUACCAUUCCUCCGGUUGUAUUACUGAACUCUAGUGAGAGGGGUAAAUACGAUAAUGUACCCGAGAGCGAGGAGGAGAAAUGGAGGUUUCAAGCUGAUAUGUUGAGGGCAGAGUGUAAUUUCUUGAGGGUGGAGAGAGAAAUUGCUGUUAAGAAGUUAGAGAAAGAAAGGGUAGUUUUGGAAAAGAGUUUGAAGUCUGCUGUUCAUACCCUUCUCUCUGGAAAGAAGAAAAUCCGGGAGGGCAAAAGCACGAAUCCAACAUUAGAGGAGGAGAUUGAGAAGUUAGCAAAGAAGCUUGUAGAGUUGCAAAGGAGUUCAAAGUUGACAACCCCUGAAAUUCAUAAUUGCAGCAGUAACUUUGAUAAGCAAGCGUCUUUGCUUCAGAAACAACUCGAAAAAUACAGUGAAAUACAAGAUGAAUGUUGUGUGAAAGAGAUAUCAGAAGUUACUUCUGUUAGCCUUCCAAUCAAUUCUACAAAAGAUGCAAAGAUCAAAGGGCAUGGUUCCUGUCGUCGAUCCACCAGGUUUACUGAUGUGGAGACUUUGAGAAGAAAAAUGGAGGGGUUAUCAAAGGGAAAGUUACUUAAGAGAAUGGAAGAAGAGUAUGGAUACAUGUUGUCAGCAACAACUAACUAUUCUGUCCCCAGUUCUGCUUCUACUUCAAAACGACAUGACCUAGCCGAUUCAUCCUCCUUUCCAUUUCAACAAUCCUCACAGGAGGCAAAAUCAGGGGAGCUAAAAAUAUGCUCAGGCCGUUGUAAAGCUAUAGUAAGGAGGAUUAUGGAACAGGUAAAGGCUGAGACAGAACAAUGGUCUCAGAUGCAAGAAAUGCUAGGGAAAGUAAGGGAAGAGAUGGAAGAAGUGCAGGCUUCUCGCGAUUUCUGGGAAGAACAAGCACUUGAAUCUGAGCAAAAAAUCCACAAACUAGAUUCUGAGGUGGAAGAAUGGAAACAGAAGACAGUUUCUCUUGAGAAGAAGGAAAAUCAGCUGCAAAAACAGGUACAAGAACUGCAGCAGGAGCUUGAAAAAUUCAAGGUUGAAAAAAGAUGUGAGUAUGAUGUGAAAGCGAGUAAAGAUUCAGCACCAGUAUCACUAGGAGCUCAGCUUGCAAGAGAAAAGCGAAUGCUAAUGUGUCGUAUUAAAGGAAGCAAUCAAACAAACGAAAAUGCUGAGAACAAAGAGGUUGAUUACAGUGAUGCAAAGAAAACAGUGCAGAAAACUAGCAGCAGACUAGGAUCGUUGAAUCGGUAUCCAUUCAAGGAGAUUAGUAAUUUGUCAUCACCUCUUGUGAGGCAGAACAGUAGAAGAUAUGUAUACCCGUUGCAUAGUCCUAACUCCUAAAAAUUCUUAGUAGACCCUUGAGAAUGUUACUAAUGAGGCUUAGAAAUAAAGUCCUUUUUUUC